UUAAACACCUCCCCAUUUCAAGAGUCAAGGGCAAGUUUCCUUGUACUGUCUUCGUUCGGAACUUUAAUUUUUCCGUUUCUCGUGAUUCUAGGGUUUUGGUGGUCGGGAGACCCCAGGAUACAACCAUGAGUAGUUCUAGGGUUUUUUCCGGUCAGAUGUAUGGAGCUCAACGAUCCGGGGCGGGUACCAUUAGGAGGAUCCGGUUAGAGAACUUCAUGUGCCACAAUAGUCUCGAAAUCGAACUCGGCGAGUGGGUUAAUUUCAUCACCGGUCAAAACGGAAGCGGGAAGAGCGCGAUACUGACCGCUUUAUGUAUCGCGUUUGGCUGCCGCGCUAGAGAAACUCAGAGAGCGUCUAAGUUGAAGGAAUUCAUAAAAACUGGUUGCAGUUAUGCUACUGUUCAAGUGGAUAUCAAAAACGAAGGAGUUGAUUCUUUUAAGCCAGAAAUUUUUGGUGAUACCAUAAUUAUUGAACGCAGGAUUUCUGACACUACGAGUUCCACUGUUUUGAAAGAUCGACAAGGUAGAAAAGUUGCUAGCCGCAAAGAGGACCUUCGUGAGCUGGUUGAACAUUUCAAUAUUGAUGUCGAGAAUCCGUGUGUUAUUAUGAGUCAAGACAAAAGCAGGGAGUUUUUGCACUCUGGGAAUGACAGAGAUAAAUUCAAGUUCUUUUUCAAGGCUACGCUUCUUCAACAAGUUGAUGAGCUUUUACAAAGUAUUAUUAAACAAUUGAAGGAUGCAUGUGCUCUUGUAGAUGAGUUGGAAAAAUUGAUAAGACCUGCACAGCUUGAAUUGAGUGAACUGCAAGAAAAGAUUGAAAACAUAAAGCGUGUAGAACAGAUUUCACAGGAGGUGCAGCUGUUAAGGAAAAAGCUUGCUUGGUCAUUGGUGUACGAUGAAGAUAAGCGAUUACAAGAGCAAUCAAAGAACAUUGAAACACUGAAAAAGCGCAUUCCCACUUGCCAAGCUAAAAUUGAUUCAACAUUAGAUAAAUUGGAGAAGUUGUUGGAACGCCUUUCGAAGAAGAAAGUUCAAGUUGCAUCUUUGGUGGAGAAAACAUCUGAAGUGAAAAGAAAGAAAGAUGAAUUGUGGGACGCUCUUUGCUCGGCAAGGAAAGAAAAGCUUGAGCUUGAAGAAGAGCAUCGCCGCGGCACUAAGCAAAUUCGCAAGAUGAGGAAUGAUGUUAGGAGGCUUGAAGAGCAAGCCCGUGAUAUUCAGGAUAAACAUAUUAGAAAUACACAGGCUGAAGAAUCAGAAAUAGAAGAGCAGAUUAAGGAACUGGAAUAUGCUGUUGAUAAUGUCCAGUCAUUGCUCUCUAGUUUGAAGGAUGAGGAGAAUACUUUAUCAGAACAGAUUUCAGCAGAAAUGGAUGCAAUGAAGAAGAUUAAUGAUGAGAUUAAUUACUACGAAAGAAAGCAGCGUGAAGUUCAUCAUCAAAUUUGUGAGCUCCGUCUACAUCAAACCAACAAGGUCACUGCCUUUGGUGGUGACGGAGUGCUACGUCUUCUACGUGAAAUUGAGAGGCAUCACAAGGCAUUUAGCAUGCCACCAAUUGGUCCAAUUGGUGCUCAUGUGACAUUGGUCAAUGGUGAUACAUGGGUUCCUGCUGUUGAACGAGCUAUUGGGAAGAUGCUAAAUGCAUUCAUUGUUACAAAUUCUGAGGAUGCUUGUGCUCUUAGAAAAUGUGCAAGGGAGGCAAGAUAUAACUUCUUUCCAAUUGUCAUACAGAGGUUUUCAAGACCAAGGUUGAUAAUACCAAAUCAUUCACUCCCCCAGACGAGCCACCCAACUACUCUAUCUGUUUUACAUUCAGAUAAUCCUACCAUCUACAAUGUCUUGGUAGAUGUGUGUAAAGCUGAGAGGCAAGUUCUUGUCAAAGAUUACAAUAUGGGAAGAGCUGUCGCAUUUGAUCAAAGAAUACCGAAUAUGUUGGAGGUUUUUACCCUAGAUGGGUUUAAAAUGUUUUCACGGGGUUCAGUCCAGACAGUUCUUCCCAUAAACAAAAAUCUUAAAAUUGGCCGUCUUCGGGGUUCUUUUGGUGAUCAAGUUAAGGAGUUUGAAAGUCAUGUGUCAAAUAUUCAACAAGAUAUUGAUCAGUGCAAAAGUAGGAAGAGGGAGCUAGAGAAAAAGGUUCAGGAUUUUAACAGGAAGCUAGAUAAUAAGAAGAAAAGGCGCUUGGAUGUGGAACGAGAGUUCAUGGCUAAGAGAAUGAAACUGCAGGAUAUGCAGAAGUCACAUGCUGUUGAUGCUAGUCUGUUGCCUGAGUCAACUACUAAUGAACUUCUUCAAGAAAUUUCAGAUGGUAAAAUGGUGAUCAACAAGAAGGAAGCAUUGCUAGAAACACUUAAAGAUAGGAUCAAUGAAGCAGAAGAAAAGGCCAGAACUCUUAAGUUAUCAUUUGAGGAUUUAGGGGAGUCAACAAAGGGGGAGGUUGAAGCCUUUCAGAAAGCAGAGGAGGAGUUAACAGAGAUAGAGAAAGAAAUACACAAUGCAGAAGCGAAUAAGCUCCAUUAUGAAAAUAUUAUGAACAACAAGGUUCUUCCUCAAAUCAAGGAGGCGGAGGCAAAAUAUCUGGAACUUGAAAAGGAUCGUAAGGAGAGCUAUAAAAAGGCUUCUGUUAUUUGCCCUGAGAGUGAUAUUGAAGCUUUAGGAGAUAGGGAUGAAACCACAACUGAGCAACUGGAUGCCAAGCUGAAGAGACUGAAUCAGAGACUUAUGCAUGAGAGCCAACAAUAUUCGGAAUCGAUUGAUGACCUUAGGAUGUUGCAUCAGGAGAAAGAGCGUAGAAUUUUGAGGAAACUGCAUACUUAUAAAGCUUUUCGAGAAAGAUUAGAUGCUUGUCAAAAAGCUCUCGACUUACGUUGGAAAAAAUUUCAACGUAACGCAUCACUUCUGAGACGCGAGUUGACUUGGCAAUUUAAUGGCCAUUUGGGAAAGAAAGGUAUCAGUGGACAAAUUAAUGUUAGUUAUGAAGAAAAGACCCUUUCAGUAGAGGUUAAAAUGCCUCAAGAUGCAUCAAGCACCAUCGUUCGUGAUACAAGAGGGCUCUCAGGAGGAGAGCGGUCCUUCUCAACAUUAUGUUUUGCGUUGGCUCUUCAUGAUAUGACUGAAGCCCCAUUUCGAGCUAUGGAUGAGUUUGAUGUGUUCAUGGAUGCUGUUAGCCGAAAAAUCAGCCUGGACACGUUAGUCGAGUUUGCAUUGGCUCAAGGAUCCCAAUGGAUAUUUAUCACACCUCAUGAUAUCAGCAAUGUGAAGAAUGGAGAGAGGAUAAAGAAACAGCAGAUGGCAGCUCCUCGCUCAUGAUUGUUAUUGCAGUAAGACAAAGCUAAACUUAUAUCUCCUUCCCUAAAUAUAUGUAUGAUUAGUAUUCAUGUUUUCUCUUUCUUCCACCCCCUUCCCUUCCCACUUAAGAAGCUUCUGUUUUUCGUUUUUGUCGCGCUUCAAGCACAUGUGAAGUUAAAUGAAUAUCAACACAGGGGAAGGAUGUAUGCAUGUCUCAAUGUAGAUUUAUCUUUCUUCUUCAUUAAUCAGUUAUAGGUUCUCUUUUGGGUUAUGCAAAUUGAGGUAAUCUAACAUGGAUGCUCGGCUUACAGUCCGGCAGAAUUUGCAGACUUUAGCAAACUUAAUGUAAAUUAAUAUAUUUAUAUACCCAUCUCUAUGGACUUUUGCUUUGGCAAGAACAAGACAAGCUAAA